AUGGCGGGCUGCCUCAAGGAGAAGAUGCUGAAGGACCUGGAGAAGUAUGUGGUGAAAGAUCCCCGUAUUCCUCUCCUGCUGAGCCGCAUGAAGGACGCAGGGAAAAUGUUUCUUGCCACCAACAGCGACUACAGUUACACAGAUGCGAUCAUGACAUACUUGCUUGACUUCAGAGAAGGGAACACGGUCAAAUCCCAGCAUCGACCGUGGCGCUCGUACUUUGAUCUGAUUGUUGUCGACACUCGCAAGCCCCUCUUUUUUGCUGAAGGAACUGUGCUGCGGCAAGUCAAUACAGUACGUGCCCCUCAGGGCCAAAGACAGGGAGGUUGGCGGGGAAAAUCUAGGAUGAACUUCAUGGAAACAGGGAAGGAUUCAUAUGAAAUCUGGAAUUACUACCCAAAUAAAUUCAUCCAGAGAGACGACACGAAACGUUUCCACAUUCUGAACACUUUGUUUAACUUGACAGUGUACACAUCCCCAGACUAUGAGGAGCUGACCUUUGAGCUGCUGCUGGAGCGACUGGUGUCCAUUGGGUAUCCACCCGAAGUUCUGGAAUACAAGUACGACCCUGCCUUCCCUACCAGGGGGCUGAUCUUUGAUGCCCGGUACGGGAACUUGCUGAAGGUGGACUCCCAUGGCAAUCUGUUGGCGUGUGCGCAUGGCUUCCAUUUCCUCAAGGGAAACCUACCUCUUGGCCUGCCUCGUGGACUUCUUCACCAGUUUCUCCAGAUACAUGAACUGUGAGACCGGCUACAGGCAGGGCAACCUCUUCAUGUCCUUCCGCAGCAUGUUCCAGGAUGUCCGUGAAGCCAUGGAUUAUGUUCACCUUUCAGCUCCUCUGACAUGAUAUGUGACCUCUUGGGCGUGAAGGGCAAGGAGAUCCUUUACAUUGGGGAUCAUAUCUUUGGGGAUAUUCUCAAAUCCAAGAAGAGGCAAGGAUGGCGCACAUUCCUGGUGGUCCCAGAAAUGGCGAAGGAGCUGCAAGUGUGGACGGAGAAGAGUGAACUCUUCGACGAGUUGCGGCGUCUAGAUGCCCACUUGGCUGAACUGUACCAAAAGUUACCCAUGAGAUGGACAUGUGUUACGGGAAAAUGGGGAGCCUCUUCCACUGUGGCUCCCGCCAGACCCUCUUUGCCAAUCAGCUGAUGCGCUAUGCAGACCUCUAUGCCGCCUCCUUCGUGAACUUCCUCUACUAUCCUUUCAGCUACGUUUUCCGGGCACCAGCAGCUCUGAUGCCGCAUGAGUCAACCGUGGAGCAUGUAAAAAUGGAGACCCCCGAGAUGGACGUCUUGCACCAGCUCAGGCAGCAGAUGGAUUGAGUUGUACUUGGAGUCAAGAUAAAUUGCAGUGAUACCAUGAAGAUCAUUUCACGUGCAACACAUUCUUAGCUUUUGAGUUCCCAGAAAACAGUCAAUGGAUGAAGCUUCCACAAUUUAAUUCUCUCUUCUUUCAAAGAUGUAUAUUUUCUUCUCAAAGGCUUAGGAAAGAUUAGAGACACCCCCCCCCCCCAAUGGCAAAGGCUUUUCCCAGGCAAAAGCAGCCACAUUCUCCAUCUCCCCAGUUGGAACUUUCCCUUCAAUGGGGAGGAAUUCUUGGUUGCAUCUGGUUACCAGGGACACAUCAGGAUCCUCUGGAUGAGAAGGGAAAGGGCAGAAUUCAAAUCCCUAGAGGAUGGCAGCACAGACCACCGGAGAAAGAACGGACUGGGUCUUCAGCUGUCCAUUAUGCGGGUUGAACCCGCAAUUCUGCACUUCCAGAAGCUUGGCUCGAUCACCCAUCACCCCUGCCAAAAUAAAUACAUUUGUGUGACCUCUCCUUGGACAAAAUGAUUUCAUUGGGGUUAGGAUGUGUAAGAAAGAACUUUUCACAAGUAUAUUCUCUAUCAGGGAGAUUCUAGUGGGGCAAAAGACAUCCUUGUAAAUAAAAAUAUUCAGUAUUAAUAUUGACAGGGAGCCUGCUGGGUAACACUGAUCAUGAAAUGUCUGCAAGAAAACAACGAUGCUCCAAGAGCACCAAGGAGCCCUCAGUCUUCAACCCUGAGCUACAAAUACUGCCCUUUUUUGAGACCAACAUUUCUCUACUUGUGAGCACUGGGUGAAAACCUUUCCUGACUCCGCGAAAAUGGAUUUCUAUAAAUUGUCACUAAACAUAUUCUAGUAAUCCCACUAACAGCCUUCAGCAAGCAGUCCACCCAUUUUGGCUGGAACAUUUCUGCAGCCACAAGGACUACACUUUCCCCUUUUGGAAUUAAAUUGCAUUAACUUGAGUUAAGUUGAAUUUUAUUUUCAUUACCAAGCUGUGUAAUGUGCUAGCACAAGAUUAUACCUAAUAUUACUUAAUAAUAUAUCUUAUCAGAAAAACAAAAUAAGUGAGUCCUUAUUGGGAUACAAAAGUUCAUAUAAGAGAAGCCAGGAUUGAUAAUGAAUCCUCCUCAAAAUAAAAUAAACAAUGAAGAAUUCUAAACUACAGAUAGUUUAUUCUCAAUCUGUCUUUGUUUUACUGUCCUGAACAAGAAAUUUUAUCUUCGUAACUCAUGAGGGAUAUAUUCUGAAUUAAAUAUUAUAGCAAGCUAAUGAUAGGCAACUUUUGGAAUAGCAAUCUUAUCUUAUGCAAAGUAAAGAAAGUGUUCAAAUAAAAAAAAAAUACAACUCAAAAAUUCUACAUUCCUGAAGAUGGGAUUUACAUUCUCCCUUUGAGUCAGAGUUCAGUAAAAACAGGCUCCCAAUGCUUGUAUUUAACAGGAUAGGUUUUAUAGUCCUGAGACGCGUUGCGUGAACCUUUAGUCCCAGGAGACUUGGGUGCCUGGAAAGCUUAACAGGAUCCAGGAUUUCUCCCAGGGGCCCUUCUGGCCACAGAGCACAAGCUGACAGAGAGACUUGGGGGUGGGGUGGGGUGGGUCAAAAGGCAAUUCUCAGCUACAGCCAUUUUUCUCUGCACUGGAUGUGGCCUUGACGCACUCGCUUUGGGACUGGUUUUUUUGCUUCAAGUCAAAUCCUCAAAAGUA